GAUUUGAAAUUAAUACAAGUCAUUAAAAAGAAAACACGUCAAUUUACGCGUUCAUUUACCAUUGAUACUUACACGAAAGAAAUGGUAUGGACCAAAACAGGAAUGACAUAUUUAAAUCAUUUAAAUGAUCGAAUGAAAAAAUAUUACUUAACUGUUAAACAUAUGAACAACAAAUUGAAUUUAGCAACGUUAGGUAAAACAAAUGUUCUUUUAAUGUUGGAUAGCAGUUACAAAAGAGGUAUAGAGCUACACAAUGAGAAAGUUUCAAACAAUCGAUACAUUUUGAAUGAAAUUAUUAAUUUCAUUAGAUUUUGUGGAGCUUUCGAAUUAGCAUUGAGAGGGCAUGAUGAAAAAGAUACAUCUUUGAAUUCAGGAUUUUUUCGUGGUUUAAUAAGUUUUAGUGCGGAAUUGGAUAGUGCAUUAGAAGUGCAUUUAGAAAAAGCAAACGUUUUUAAAGGUACGUCAAAAACUAUACAGAACAAAUUAUUAAAGUGCAUGUUAAGUAUUUGUCAGCAAGAAAUAUCAGUAGAAAUCAAAAAGGCUGAUUAUUUAGCAAUAACAGCUGACGAGACUACUGAUGUGAGUGCUAUUUUUCAAAUGGUUAUUGUUUAUCAGUAUAUAGUUAAUGAUAAAGUUAUUGAAAGAUUUCGGGGAUUUUUAAAGCCUAAAGAACAUAAUUCUGAAGUAUUAGCUGAGUGCAUUAAAGAACAACUUACCCAACAUAUUGGUGAUGUCACUGGUAAAUUGAUUGCACCGACGUAUAAUGGCGCUUCAGUUAUGAGCGGCAAUAUUAAUUAACGGAGUU